AAGAGGAUAUAAAUACAAUUCAGGAAGAACUUGGUAUUGUUGGUUAUACUAAUGAAGAAAUAGCAGAAGAAGCUGAUAAAAAUGUAAGAGUGUACCUUCAAAGAUUUGAGAAAUUUCAUGGCCUCUUAAAAGAUGAUCUAGGUGUGUUAAUAAAAAAAUUCGCUGAUAUAAAGGUAAAAAAAUUUUGGUUUACUGAUGAGGAACUACCAUUAUUUUCAAAUAUCUCUCCUUAA